AUGAUGGCUAGUACAUCCAAUGAUGAAGAAAAGUUGAUAUCAACCACUGACAAAUACUUCAUCGAGCAGAGGAAUAUAGUAUUGCAGGAGAUCAAUGAGACUAUGAAUUCAAUCUUGAAUGGUCUGAAUGGUCUCAAUAUAUCAUUGGAGAGCUCGAUAGCUGUGGGAAGAGAAUUCCAGUCAGUUUCUGAUUUGUGGAAAACACUUUAUGAUGGGUUGGAAAGUUUAUCAGACGAAGCGCCCAUCGACGAGCAACCUACUUUAUCUCAAUCGAAAACGAAGUAA